UAGCGUCAGUGUAAUUACAGCAGCACAUCUCGACAUCAGCAAAACGAACAUAACAAUCUAACCGAGACAUUUCAACCUCCAUCAAAUACCACAAAAUGGCUGUUGGAAACGUUUAUUUCCUCGUUUUUACGGCGCUGGUAGCCGUCAAUAUAAUCUUUGCUGAUGACUCUCUCCUAUCGGACGCCAAUCAAGCCGAACUCGUGGAGAGUGGCUCCCGGGAAAAAAGAAACAUUGAAGAAGUUGAAGACAGGCUAUUCUUCAGUUUAUUCCCAAUAAUAACUACUUGCAACUACACUGCUACGCCUGGUAACUACUGCGGCAGCUGCACUCAAGCAGUCCGCUGUCUCCCCAACAACAACGGAGUUGUACGCAAUUGCCGCGGUUUACUCCGGUACUGCAACGGUGGACGCUGCUCCUUCAUCCCCGACCCCGUCGCCUGCAACGGCACCAUCACCGGCUAAACUGUACGAAACCUGAUUACGCAACAACUACUACAAACAAAAUUAUUUAUAUAAUUUUCCGUAGAUUCUUCUAAUAAUGUAUAUUAUAAUAAAUGCCUAUUAGCUUGAUCUA